AUGUUGAAAGUUUUUGUCAUUUUCGCCUUAAUGUUUAUUGGUCACCUCUGGGCUGCCGGCCCGUCAUGCAGCUCAUGCGGCAGCGAGUGCGUGUCCGCUUGCGGCACGAGACGCUUCCGCACUUGCUGCUUCAACUACCUGAGGAGGAAGCGCGGCUCUGAACUGUUGCAGUCAUAUGGUUUGCAGAUCAAGCCGGCAAACGAUGUUAGUCAUGUCGUAGAGAACUUCGGAAUACAUACACAGGCACCCCCUCAAUUCGAAGAACCAAAGCUGUGGUGGAUGAAAGUUCUCUCUAGUGAAAAUCCUGACUUCGGUAGCUACGAAGAUUGA